CGCCGUCGGCCCUCCUAACUCUCCUCUACCACCGCAACAACCUCCAAAUCUGAAGAGAUCCUAACCCAUGGAUGGCGAAGCUCCUCCGCUCCUCAAGCUCAGCGAUUGGAGAUCUGAAUCUUCUGGUCCAAUUCAGAGACGGCGGCGAGGUUUUGGGACACGGGAGGGCGAAGCUUAUUGUGGAAUGGAGAAGGUCGAGGGCGGCUGCCGAUGCUGAUGGAGAGAUGAGGGGAUUCACCUCGCUCUCUCCCUCGCUCGUCAUCCUUCUCUCCAUCCCCAGUCAAGCAAACCCCACAUCAUCGCUACCUCCGACUUAGAAACACCCGCGAGUAAACCCAACCUCUGGUCCCCACGAACACGCUCUAAUUUCUUCUCAGACCGACGAGCCUUCCAUCAACCUUCGUAUUCCCAUAUUUCUAAGGUUCGAGAUGCGGCGCCACUAUCUUUUUGUGCUUCGACGGUUCCCGGCGACAAUCCAGCCGCAUCCACCUCGUCUCUUCCUUUCUUUCCCUCUUCCACACGGCGGUUCCCUCCUCACUUCCGUCAUCGCUGCAAGAGCAGUCGACCAUAACUUUGAAGUCGUUGAAGUAUCGACGGGAAAGCACCAAGCAGAGAGUAGAGGGACAAUCGACGAAAUCAAUGGAGAUUUUUUUA